GCCUGGCAGCACCUGUGCAAGGAGAAGCAGAGUUAAUGUUUAGAGUCCAAUAUGAUGCUUAUUUGGAAACCUGGAUAAAGAACGAGUUAAUCUGUUUCUGUUUGCCUUGUCCAAAGAAGGAACGUUCGUCGAGGUGCCUCUUUAAGUAAUGAAACAGGAAAAUCUGUGUCUGCUUGAAUAGGUAGUGAGAGCCUUUGCUUAAUGCCCUAGUGUGAUGAUUGGUAUCAAAGCCAAAGGUCUCACUGCUGACCUUGGAGGCAACGGUCCACAAGGACCUAGCAGUCCCCAUGUUGACAGUUCAAAUCUAGUAUCAAAUCAAAGCGAUGCCUUGGCGUGCAGCAGGAGUCAUGUCAACAAGCAGUGUUGAUGCACCUGCUCCAGACUCUACGGAAGAAACUCGGGGGAAUGGAGUGAUGAGAACGAAUCCUACAACUGAAGGGGAGGAUGAAAGUGACAGUGAUAGUGAUGAUGAUGAUGAUGAUGUUCAAGUAACCAUCGGUGAUAUUAAAACUGGAGCACCACAGUACACCUAUGGAGUGACACCUGUAAAUCUCAAUAUUAAGUCCUCAGGAAGACUUUAUGGGUCAGGAACAAAAGCUGGAAAAGGCGUUGAUCUUGAUGCUCCUGGUGACAUCAAUGGAAUGCCAGCUUUAGAAAUAGAUUUGGAUUCUUUCGAAGAUAAGCCUUGGAGGAAGCCAGGUGCUGAUCUUUCUGAUUACUUCAAUUAUGGGUUCAAUGAAGAAACUUGGAAAGCCUAUUGUGAGAAACAGAAGCGACUGAGAAUGGGUCUUGAACCCCUUCCUCUUGCCUCAACUACAAACAGAAUUACAGUACAACAGGGCAGAACUGGAAAUCCUGAGAAAGAACCAGAGGUGCCACCCCCUAAAAUGGACUUCCCUUCUCCUCCAAAUCGUUUCCGGGCAGGACCUCCACCCAACAGAAGGUUGUCUGGGUCCAUAGAGGUAAUUGGAGGUCAGUUAAUUACCAUUGCUCGUGUGGAGGGCCGACGUCGGGACAGGGGUGGAACAGAUGAAAAUGCCAUCCAGGUUCUUGGAGACCAUCCAGCAUCAGAAUUUACUAACAAUACCUCGACAAAACGUCCUCCAUUUGUACCUCCAGGAGCACCUCCACCUCAUCUAGCUGGACCACCACCUCCAUUCCUGCCGCCACCGCCUCCUGUUAAUACUGGGCCUCCAAUUCUUCAUCCACCAGGAAUGCCUUUAACAACACCACCACCAGGUUUCCUGCCUCCACCUGGAGCUCCUCCGCCUUCACUUGUGCCAUUAGAAAGUGGACCUUCAACAUACAACAACCGUACUACUGCUCCAUUUGGUUACGCAAGCGCUGAUUAUGCUAAUCUGACGUAUCCCAAUAUCCCAGUUUCAUCUUCCUGGAGUACUUUAAUUGAUAACAACAACAAGCCACCAUCACAGCAACAGCAACCACAUUGGGAUUAUUAUCCACGGAGAGAGAGGGACAGAGAUCGUGAUCGAGAACGAGAGCGCACAAGGGAGAGAGAACGAGAUCGGGACAGGGAACGGGAUCACGACAGAGAGCGUGACCGCAGUCCUAGUUCAAGUGUUUAUAAUGGUGACGAAGGUCGAUAUAGGCACAGAGAUUAUUCAUCUGAUAAAAGCUAUGAUCGUGAUUACCAUCAUCGGGACAAGGUCAGCAGGGAUAAAGAAGAUCGGCAUAAAGAGCGCAGACACCGGGACAAAGAAGAAGGAGGGAGACACAAAUCUUCCCGAAGCAGCAGCAGACGGCGCCAUGACAGUGAAGAGGUGGAUGGCCAUAAACGACACAAACACAAGAAAUCUAAACGAAGCAAGGAAGAUAAAGAAGCCAGUGAAGAAAUUUCCCAGGAGCCAGAGCCCAGUGAAGCUGCUAGCAGCAAUUAAAUCUCCGGUCCCUUCCUUUUUUGGUUAUAAUGCCAAGGUUGGGAAGGAAAAUAUUGGAAAUGCUUGAAAAUUGUUCAGGUAAUGGUAAUUUACUAAAUGGAAUUUCUGCAGAAGUCAGAAAUUCCAAAUUAUUUCAAAGGACUGUUGAGGUGUGUGGUGCUUUUAAGCAUCUACUAUGUUAUUAAAACAUAAUUACAAUGCUUGUAUUAGUUUAUUGAAGAUUAAUAAAAUUUGUUUUUUGUUUAAAA